AUGGACGUCAAAGUAGUGAAGAUAAAGGUUCUUGGAAAAGGUUGCUUUGGUGUUGUGCAUCUGGUGAAGACGAUAACCCUGGUUUACAAUCAAGUUUACGCCAUGAAAUCCGCCGAUGAGGAUCACACUCCUUCUCUACGGAUGGAAGAAGAAAUCAUCCAGCAAUUUGUCGAUUCUCCGAAUAUUAUUCAGUGCUACGGAGGAUUCACAAGCAUUGAGCGAGAACGAGGAAUGGUUUACAACAUAUUGCUCGAGUAUGCUUCGGGAGGUAAUCUGGAAGACUUGAUAAACAAGUAUGGCGGCGAUAUACCGGAAAGAGAUGUUGCGUGCUACACACGGAUGAUACUUGAAGGUCUUUCGAGCAUUCAUAGAAAAGGGUACGUUCACUCCGAUUUGAAACCGGCCAACAUUCUGGUCUUCCCUCCUCAUGGCGGUACUGGUUUGCCGAAUCUAAAGAUUGGGGAUUUUGGGAUAGCUAAAGAAGAAAGAGUGAAGGAAAUGGGGUUCGGUUUUCGAGGUUCAAUACCCUACAUGUCUCCUGAAUCAAUACUCGGAGACGUAAGUGGUGCAUUGGAUGUAUGGUCUCUGGGAUGCGUCGUCGUUCAAAUGAUGACCGGCAACAGAUUGCCAUGGGAGAAUUAUGAUGCAAAUGAUCUGAUGAACAAGCUCUUGAGGGGAGAAACGCCCAACAUACCGGAGAAUAUGUCGAUUUUAGGCAAGGAUUUUUUAGCCAAGUGCUUUGAUGUCAAUCCAAACCGAAGGUGGAGUGCAAGUAUGUUACUGAGGCAUCCGUAUGUUAUCCCACAGCAUGUGCUUCCAAGAGGUCUUCAACUAUCUUACAACUCGUCUCAUUCUUCAACAUAUCCUCAACAAGUAUGCCAGUAUGGAAUUCCACAAGGUUUCAUAGUAUAUGAUCGAGUUUUACUCGAAAAGGUGAAAUGUUUAGAGGAAUUGCAGUCGAGAAAGAUGAUCAGUUACCGUCAGCCGCAAGAGCAAAAAAAAGGAACAGAGUACUUGUGCAACUGCUGCAAAGGAUUUCGGAGCCGUAACCACUGA